AUGGGUAAAAAGAAGAAUAAGAACAAAGUUAGCGGUGCUGUGAAAACUGCUGCCAAGACAGAAAAGAAGUUAGCGAAUAAACUAAAGAAAGAACUCGCUAACUUGGGAGAGGAAGAUAUAGCAAAAGUUAUAGCAGAGAUCGAACAUGAAGAGGCUAAGCGGUCAGCGGCGAUAGAGAAGGCCCUGGAAGGACCUCCUUCGCCCAGAGCAUAUGCGUCUCUUACUCCACAUCCGAUGAACAAUGAGUUGGUCAUGUUUGGAGGGGAAUAUCAUGAUGGACAAACUACAAUAGUGUAUAAUGAAUUGUUAUUCUUCGAUCCCGUAAAGAACACUUGGCGCCAAGUGAAGGCGCCAAGCGGACCGCCUCCACGCAGCGCACACCAAGCUGUUGCCACCCAGGCUAACAAAGGUGAGCUGUGGGUAUUUGGCGGCGAGUUCACGAGCCCUACAGAAACACAGUUUCAUCAUUACAAAGACCUUUGGUGCUUCUCUCUUACUGACAAAAAAUGGGAGAAGGUGGUGUCUCCAAACGGGCCGUCCCCCCGCUCAGGUCACCGCAUGGCCCUUCUCGGCCGGAAACUAUUCGUCUUUGGCGGUUACGCGGACGACGGCCGCGAGUGCAAAUACUUUGACGACCUAUACACGUUCUGUCUGGACACGAGGACGUGGACCAAGUUGUCCCCCAGUGGUCGAGGACCUAGUGCUAGAUCUGCUUGCGUUAUGUUGCCGGUCGGGAAUGAUUCGUUAAUAAUUUACGGCGGCUUCUCCCGUAUGCGCGAGGGAAGAACUGAACGCACAUACACGCACACAGACAUGUUUAAGCUGGUAGCGAAGGGCGACAAUUGGACGUGGCGGUCGCAGACGGGCGGGCUUUUAGCGCCCCCCGCCAGGGCCGGACAGGCUGCAGCCGUUAAUGUACACAGCGGAAGGGGAUAUGUGUUCGGUGGAGUCAGUGACGUGGAAGAAACAGAGGAAGAUCUUCGUGGUGAAAUGAGCGAUGAACUCCAACACCUUGACCUUGAAACGUGCAAGUGGCACAAUGUGACCUUGAAGAGCGAACAACCCCGAAAUACCACCACCACGCGCGUUGAAGACACCAUAGAUGAGGAUAAAAAGGAAGAGGCUGUUACAGUGGUAACAGACGAAGUGUUCACAAUGAAACUUGGCAGUGGCCCCACUCAGUCGACAGUGUCCGUCGCAGAGCCCCCGCCGGUGGCUCCGAAAGGGGGACCAGGGCCACGGAUGUCGGCCAUGCUCGCCGUGCAGCGCUCCACGCUGUUCGUGUACGGCGGCGUUUUGGAAAAGGACGAGAAACAGUUCUAUCUCAGCGAUAUGUAUAGUUUGGAUUUGCACAAAACAAACGAAUGGAAGACAAUAUCUGAACAGCCAAAACUGCCGGAUUGGCUGGGCACUGACUCUGAAGAUGAAGACGGCUCUGAAGAAUCGGAUAGCGAGGACUCAGAAGACGACGAGGAAUAAUUGCCUUGGCAUACAUUUGUGUCAAAAGUGUUAACACUUCCAUCAUUGGUAUGUCACAGAGAUGGUGUGACUAAUGGAAGUGACACGUGUGACUAGUGUAAGUGUGGCAAAUUCGCCAGAUGCGUUUAGGCAGAUGGAGAGAAAGUUUAUAUGUUAUAUAUAAAGUGCAUUUGUGAGUAUAACAUGGACCGAUAAUUCAAGAGGACGACUAAUCACGGUUCAAGACAUCGUAUUCGGGUAUUUAGUACCUAUUGGUACACCAUGGC